ACCUAGGCAUGAGUAAUAUCUACAAUCUCGAGCCAGUAACGAAAGGGAAAGUCUUGUUGACAACAUCUCACGGGGAUAUAGAGAUAGAGCUCUGGGCUCGAGAGGCACCAAAGGCAUGUAGGAACUUCGUUCAGUUGUGCUUAGAAUGUUAUUAUGACGAUACGAUAUUUCAUCGGCUAGUAAAAGGAUUCUGUAUACAAGGAGGUGAUCCCACAGGUACUGGAACGGGGGGAGAUUCUAUUUACGGAGAAGAUUUCGCAGAUGAGUUCCACCAGCGUCUUAAGUUCAACAGAAGAGGUCUGCUGGCCACGGCUAACAAAGGGGAGCCCAACUCAAAUGGCUCGCAGUUCUUCUUCACUCUUGGGGAAGCACCGGAGUUGCAGAAGAAACACACGAUCUUUGGGAAGGUGACGGGGAACACCAUCUUUAACGUGUUGAGAAUGGCGGAGAUGGAAACAGAUAAUAAUGAACGACCUCUCGAGCCUCCAAGUAUCAGGAAAACCGAGAUCCUCAACAAUCCGUUUGAUGAUAUAGUUACUAGAGAUAUUAAGCAUAAAACUGGCGAAGAGAAGAAGAAAGAAAAGAAGAAGAAAAGUCAGAUGAAGGCUACAAAGAAUUUCAAACUUUUGUCGUUCGGAGAAGAAGCUGAGGAAGACGAGGAAGAAGUCCAACAGGUAUCGAAUAAGUUGGGUAAGAUCUCCAGCGCGCACGACAAAUCGAACGAUCCCAGUCUAAGUAAGGAAGUGGCUGUAUCGGAAACUCAACUGAAGGAGGAUAGAGAUAAGAUAAAGACUCAGGCGGAAGUGAUCAGGGAGAAGCUGAAAAAGGAAAUUGAAGAUGCGAGGCCUGUAGCUCCCGACCAAACAGAAAAAGAGCAUAAGUUAGAUGCUUUGAAAAAGGAAUCUGAGAAACUUCUUCUCGACAUCAAACAUAUUGGAAAGGAAGAAAAGGAAGAGAUGAAGAUAGAAGCAGAGAAAGACAGCCAUCUUAACGAGUCCGAACGAGAAACUGUUAAUGAGUUCAGAAAAGAGCUUAAGGAAUUUAAGAUCAAGCAGUCGGAAAAGAAAAUUUACUCGAAGAAAGAACGUGAAAAGGAAACCAUGUUAAAACUCGAGAAGUUCAAUCAGAAAAUCAAAGACAAUGAAGCGGAACAAGCAAAGCCGGCAGAGUUACCAGAAGAUAUCGCUGGAGAGGAAGAGGAGGAACUAUUGAACAAUAUCAACUUGUUUGGGCAUAGUCUCAUCGAUGUCGAUCGUAAAGCCAAGGUUAAGGAUGCUAACAUAGUUGACGAUGAUACGUUUGAGAUAUAUGAUCCGAGGCAUCCCAUCAACAAAAGAAAGAGGGAGAAGCCUGGCAAAAAGGGGCAAAAGGGACAGAAAGGAGAAGAUGAUAAAUGGAAGAGGUCAAAACUACUGACUUGAACGCCAAGUUAUACUUGGUCUUUGAAAACUUGGUAUCCAAGCUCUCAGCAGAAUCUAGAUCAAGUUUCCUUACCCUGUUAUCAUAUUCUGCUCUCGCCCAGUCUCUAGGAGGAGAAAUUCAUAUAUUCGGAUUUCAGACAUUUGAUAUUUUGGAAUGAUGAAGAUAUUCGUAGAACACUUGGCAGUCAAGUUGUCUCUGACACUUGACAGUCACGUUGACUCCUGACUCUGGAACAGUGAAAUUUGAGAACAUUAUACGAGUUUGACAGUGAUGACUAAACAGAAGUUAACUGGAUGAAGAAUACCAUUACUAAUUAAUGUAUAUGAUAUAUUAACACAGUGCAUAUAGUUUAUGACAAAUUUGUACUUUACUAAUGACUGUUUUACUCCACCAAUGACUGUUCAGUGUUUAGUAGGCGUGUUAACAUUCCUGCCGGUAACGGUAUGCAGACUCUAGCUCAGACAUAGGAGAUUCUUAUCGUGUUCCACCGACUGGUGAUAACAUGUUGUGUAUAACAAUCUUGUUUUUAUUUAUUUACAUGAAUCGUUAAUUGUAAUUUUAAAUUUUAAAAGGUAACGCCUACGAGUACGGUUGAUGGAAAUCUAGCGUCCGCCAACCGGCGCAAUUCUUGUUCGUGAUUGACUUAGCGAUUUUUUGCCUAUUCUGAAAUAUGAUCUGAACCCCUUU